AUGCAGUGGCUGCGUUGGACGAUGGCAGAUGGUUUAGGCUUGCUGGCGGCUUCGGGGCGCGAGGGCGACAGUUCGGCCCGCAACGGGCCUCACGACCGUGACCCCUUAUUGCAGCCAAGUGAUAGGCCCGUCACGAUCUUGACCUUGGCCGCCGAAUCUGUGGGAUGCUCCCUGGAAGAGGAGAUGACUCUGUCGGAGUUAAAGCGCAGUAUCCAAUCCCAAACAGGUCACCACCCUUCCAGCAUGCAGAUUUUCGUCAAUGGCGAACUCUGUGAGAAAGGGGCCUCCCCAAAUCUCAAAGUGCAGACGCUGAGCGUGGUGAGGUGCCAGUGGGAUCAGGAGAAGAAGGAAGCCUUUCAUGCGAAGCUCGAGGCGGCUGUUGAAACAGGACAAGCUCUGCAGUUUCUCCAGUAUAUGGAGCACAACCUGGAGCAAGAGAAGCUGAUGAGAAGGGCCCGGCGCUUCGCCCAACACCCUCACCGUCAUCGCCAGCGCACUCCUGUAUUGGAUUUGUCAGCAUGGCUCCAGGAAGAUGACAAGUUCCUUGAAGACAUUCUCCUUCUGUCAGCUACGACGCCGGAUGAGAUGCAUGCCCGGCUGUGCGAAGUGUUGCUGAAAGCCGGUGAGCCCCAGCUACGGCCCAUCCCAGGACUGGCAGCCAGACUUGCCAAGAGGCCCGAGCUCAAGACGUGGCGCUGGCUCCAAGUUCUGCCAUGGCUCGGCGGAAACAAGUUCUUCCUGCUGAAUACUUUGGCCUCUUGCAGCAGGCAAGACUGCAUUGCCAUCGGCAAGCAUGCAACGGAAGAGUUUCUGGCAGAUGAGGAGUUUGUGAAGGCUCUUGUGAAGAAGAAUGGCCUGUCCUUGCGGUUUGCAAACCUCAGGUUCAAGGGGAAUCCAGAUGUCGUCCGACUAGCAAUGAAGGAGAAUGCCUUUGCGUUUGAAUACGCGUCGGCCGAGCUCCGUUCCGAUUUGUCGAUGGCGCUCCCAGCCGUGAGUCAUGACGGAUUGCUGCUGCAGUUCCUUCCGGAAGACUUGAAAUCGAACAUGGAAGUUAUCAGGACAGCUGUGAGCAACAACGUGCGAGCUGUUGAGUUUGCCCGUGGCGAUGCUACAGAGUUGGGGCAGCUGGCAGCCACGGAGGUGUUGAACAGCCUAGGGGAGGAAACUGAGGACCCUGUCAGUGCACUUGUGGUCCAUGCUCGGGAUGUUUGCGCGAAGUGCUUUGACUAUCCUCGUCUUCUCCAUACUCUACAGACGUACCUGCAAGAAGCGGACAGUCGGUCUGACGGGCAGCCAACUCGUUCCAAGCAGUUUGCUCUAGAGGCUGUGAAGUAUCGGCCGGGCCGCUACUACAACGAGCUGUCAGAAUCCGAUAGGUGCGAUGUGGACAUCGCUGUAGAAGCCGUGAGGCAUUGCCCUGGUCUAUUUCCGGAGAGCCUGCCUGCACAGCUGCGCUAUGAUUUUGAAGUCAUGGUCACAGCCAUCGCCGCGGCAUCGGACGAGCGCCAGAUCUUGAUGUAUCGCGUGCCUCACACAGCCAAGACAAGGGUCUUCCGGGAGGUGGAGCACCGACUGGGCAAAGAGCUUGAGCCUGUCGUCUGA